AUUUGCUUUACAUCUUGACAUAGACAUGUUACCAUUGCUGUCUAUGACAAGCUGACUGCCCUUUAAAUUUAGUACCUUUUAGCCUUCAAAUUCUGGUCUAGAAUGGUUUCACAAGAUUCACCCCCUAACCAAGCCUCAGGUAUUCUCCACCAAUUCAUUGUCUCAGACUCCAUGGCAGCUCAACACCACAUGGAAAACCAACACCAGCUUGAUGCUGCUUACUCCAAUUUUCGAACCAGCACAAGCACAUACCCUGGUCAACUUCCCAGCAUUCAUUCUCUUGAGGAGAGAAUGUCUAGAUCACUAGACCUUCUUCAUGCUCCUCCAACAGCAGAGGGAUCAGAUCAUAUGAGCCACACAAGGCUUCUAAUGGACCAGCACCAAGCUCUCUCACUGUCCCUUGGCUCACAGAUGCUGCUUCCUCAUAAUUCUCAUUCUGCUCAUUAUGUAAGCGAUGACUAUUCGUUCAUGGGGAAUGCGCUUGCUUCGUCUUCAAACUCACUGAAUCAGCAGUCUUUGGGAGCUGUCAUUGGGAAUUCAAGAUAUCUGAAGCCAGCUCAGUCACUGUUAGAGGAGCUAGUUAGUGUUGGUGGGAAGUCAGUUGAUAUCAGCACUGAAAAACAUGUAGGGAAGGUGUAUGGUGGAGGGAGGAGAGGUUCUAUGAGCCUUUCUUCUGAAUUGAAAGCAGAGUUGUGCUGCAAUGGCCUCAUGUCAGCUGACAAACAUGAAUUCCAAACGAAAAUUGCAAACCUCAUCACCUUGCUGGAAGAGGUAGUGCAAUGUGUUUUAGUAUAUAUAAUCUUGAUUGUUAGUUUACUGGAAUGGUUACCUAAUUUGAACCAACAUAUAUGUUUGAUCCUUUUGGUUUGCUACUUUGAUCAGGUUGAGGACAGAAGUGAGAAGUACUAUCAUCAAAUGGAAGAAGUGAUGCAAUCAUUUGAGAUGGUAGUGGGUGCAGGAGCAGCGAAGUCUUACACAGCUCUGGCUCUCAAGGCAAUGUCUAGGCACUUUGGCAGCUUAAGGGAUGCUAUAAUGUCACACAUAAAUGCAGAAAAGCGGAAGUUGAUGCAAGAUUUUCCGAAAGUGAGCAGCGGACUAGCGCAACUAAGCUUGUAUGAUCGAGAGUGUAGACAGAAGAGAAUGUCUCUUCAACAGCUUGGGAUUAUCCAUGGCCAAAGGCAAGGUGCUUGGAGACCAAUUAGAGGGCUGCCUGAGACCUCGGUGGCAAUUCUUCGCACUUGGCUUUUCGAACACUUUCUUCAUCCUUAUCCAAAUGACUCUGAGAAGCUAAUGUUGGCAUCACAAACAGGCCUGUCCAAGAACCAAGUUUCAAAUUGGUUCAUAAAUGCUCGGGUUCGACUUUGGAAACCUAUGAUAGAGGAAAUGUACAAAGAAGAAUUUGCAGAUUCUUCACAAGACUCCAAUCCAGUAGCUAGUGGUUCCAUGACCGGUGAAAGCAACACAGAUCACACAGAUGAUUAAAGUAGAGAAGAAGUAAGGACUGGCAUUUCAGGUCCGAGUUCUCUAUUCUGGCAGUAAUUUCAAGUGUGAAGUUUCAGUGUUGAAAUUUACCCCAACCUAGAAAGAGUCAGAAGGUUGUUUUGUGAAGUUGAUUAGCAAACUUUUGGAAAGUCGAGGGUUUGCUUCAUGUACUUUGAACUACUAAUUAUAUUUAAUUUUGAGGCUCAUAUCAGUAUAUUGACUAGAAUUAUUUGCAUCAAGACAG